AUGAUCAACACCAAAUUCGGCAGCAACAACCCUGAGGGCGGUUUCGGUGACCAAGAUCCUCGCCCGAAAAAGACGCAUCGCCGCCACACUCAGCAUCAGAUCCAAGAAAUGGAAGCCAACAACCCUGAGGGCGGUUUCGGUGACCAAGAUCCUCGCCCGAAAAAGACGCAUCGCCGCCACACUCAGCAUCAGAUCCAAGAAAUGGAAGCUUUAUUCAAGGAGUGUCCCUGCCCAAAACCCAAGCAGAGGAAGGAACUGAGCCGAGAAUUAGGUUUGGAACCAUUCCAAGUGAAAUGGUGGUUUCAAAAUAAGCGCAACCAUAUGAAGACUCAGCUAGAGCUUCAUGAGAACACACAACUUCGUAAUGAAAAUGAAAAGCUUCGUGCCGAUAACAUGAGGUACAGAGAAGCCCUAGGCAGUGCCUCUUGCCCCAAUUGCGGUGGCCCGACAACUAUCCGAGAGAUGAUAAUCGAGAUUGUAGUGGCAGCCAUGGAAGAGCUAAUCAGAAUGGCUCAAAUGGGUGAACCCUUGUGGAUGACCAGCCUUGAUGGCAACACCACUGUGGUCAAUGAAGACGAGUACAUCAGAACAUUCCCUCGUGUUGCUCCAAAACCAAACAAUCAUUUCAAAUGUGAAGCUUCGCGCGAGAGCGCUGUUGUUGUCAUGAACCACAGCAACCUUGUUGAGAUUCUCAUGGAUGUG